UGCAUUAGUGAUGUAGCUUACUGUAUUUCUCUGGAGGACGACAUCAUCUGGCGAUUCGGCCGAAACUAUAACCCUGCAAGCUAUGUCGGACUUGUGAUCAAGGGAAGCUUUUUGGCCCAGGAUUAGUAUCAUCGGACAAAGGCCUGCGGCAAUCUUUCAUUAGCUGGUGAAAUGGACUUGUCGGACCCUGAUGUCGUGGCCCGAGCCUACGUAAUGCAAUGGAUGCACGAGACUGGCCUGCACAACGCCCUCAAAGCGCUAGAGAAAGAGGUCGGUUUGAUCUACGACGAAUCCCAGCUUCCAGAGGCUUCUCAGCUAAUGCAGCCCCUUCCCAAGCUAGUGUGGCGACAUGUCGAAGAGCGUGUACAGCAGCUCGAGGAGGUGGAGGAGGAACAUCAGCUCGAGGAGGUGGAGGAGGGUGGUGAUGACCGCCGCGAAGGGGGGAACCCUUGUGGCAGCAGCAGAGCGGCCAAUAAGCGGGGUGAUGGUGGUGGCGGCGCUGCGGCAGAUCCGAGGGGGGACGCGUGCGGGUUUUCACGACACGGCCAAAACGCGGAGGGGAGUCGGCACCUGCAGCAGCAGCAGCGGCAGCAGCAGCGGCAGCGGCAGGAGGAAGCACUGCGGUUGUUGCGGUCCGGUGACGGCGAUUUCGCGAGUCGGGUUGUGGCGGCGGAGGUGCCCGCAGAGGUGCACCGCGUCAACAUCAUUGCCGUACGGAUAGUUCCGGAGCAGAGCUGCGUGAUUACGGCUGCGGGAGACGGCUGCGUGCGUUGCGUACGGUGGUACGGCACUGGCGGCGACGGCGACGUAAGCGAAACCAGUGGCGGCGGUGGCGGCGCCAACGAGGUUGAGGUGGUGUGGAGUACCGCUGUUGGGACGUCCGCUUUGCUGACGCUGGCUCUACACCCUGAUUACUCUCGGGGAUUUCCAUUGGUGGCCGUGGGGGGUAUGGACGGCAGGGUUACGGUACUGUACGGCAGGACCGGCACCAUCAUUGCCACCUUGCAGCCACAUUCCAAGUACGUGGUACGUGUGGUGUGGGCCUCCACGACCGAUGCUACGACCCGUGCUACAACCGCCGCCGCCGCCGCCACCGCCAUGGACACCACUGCCACCAGGGGCAUCGGCACUACAGCUAAAGGCGGAACAUGUGAUCCGAGGGAGGAUAGUGGUGGUGGUGGUGGUGGUGGUGGGAAUGGGGAUGGCGGUGGCGGUUCCGGAGCCGGCGGCGGUCUUCAAGGCAGGAGCGGCGAACGAGGUGUGAUGGUGUUGGCCAGCGCCUCCACGGACGAGGCAGUCGCGAUCCUGCGGCUGGAUCUAGAUUAUGUAUUAGAUUUGAAUUCUGAUUUGGGUCAGGGAUCCAGAACUGGCAAGCCAACUGGUGCAGCAAGCAGCAGCAAUGGCAGCAGCAGCGGCAGUACGCUCGUGGUUUCUGUUCGCGGCAGCAACUAUCUGCGGCUCCUGGAUGUUGGUCGUUUGGUCGGGGAGGAGGCAAAGAUGGGUGUUAGUGGUGGUGGUGGCGGCGGUGGUGAGUCGGUGCCCGAGCGCCUGGUCAACCUGAACGAGUCGGGAGACGACCACGUCUCAUUCACCGCUAAGCACCUGGUCACCUCGCAUUGCGGGAGGUACCUGCUGGUGUGUACGGACACGCCUCGGCUGCUCAUACUCCGUACGAGUGACUGGUCCGUGCUGAAAGUCAUCUUCGGCCCGCCCCUGGCGGACCAGUUCCCGCAGCCUGUGGCCGCCUGGCACAGAGACUCGAACUACAUCUACAGCGCGGGGGGGGCGGGGGCGCAGCUGAACGUGAUCCACCUGGGCAGCGGUCGCCCGGUGCACACAACCGCCGUGAUUCACAAAAUAAAUAUACGAGGCCUGGACUACGACCCUGACCGCAACCUGCUCGCGACGUGCAGCUUCGACAAGACGGUCAAACUGCUGGCGGCGACACCAUCGCUGCCUGCGGCGGCCGUUGCUGCUGCUACUGCUGUACUGAGCGCUCCACCACCUCCUCGCGCUAAUGGCCCAAACGCGGAGCCUCCAGGCCCCCGGGGGCCUACAACUGGCGUCCAACUACGUCUCUUCCAGCCCGCACUCCCGGGCCCCACAUUCGUUGCCUUGGAAACCACGCAACCCAGAGCCUCCUGA